AUGAAGCGCAUUGCAAGCCAACAAAUGCGUCGCUCUCUGCUGUCACCGCGCCCAGACCGGAUACUCUCGUCCACCUUCAGCAACCCGCUAUAUCGCCGCUCGUUUGGCCUGUCCACCCGCCUCCGACAAGAUGCUCCCGUGACAGCAGCACCCGCCGUCGCAUCGGAACCUGUCCUCGACACUCCUUCUACCGCAGCAGACUCUGCAAGUGAAGCUCUCCGAGCCAGCCGCAAGAUCUCUGCCAAACUCAGUGCCCUCCACGCCCGUCUGUCGCUGCCACCGCGUUUCCCGACUCAGACUCUGGCACAAUGUCUAGUGCAUCCUUCGGCCGACCGGCGCGCAAACGCAAACAACUCUUCGCUCGCUGUCAUCGGUCAGGACGUCCUCGCAUACUACACUGCCGAAUGGCUGCUGUGCAAUUACCCCCGCCUGCCCAUGCAGAUCCUGUUCGCCGCUCAAUACGCCUACUCAGGGCCCCGUACUCUCUCCGCCAUGCGUGAGGAAUGGGGUGUAGAGCCUGUCGCUGCUCCUGGUAUCGAGGUCGAUCCUGGUCUUCUGCAGUUCACUCGCCGCCAGCCUGGAAAUGCCAUGGCCGAGGGAGGAAUGGCUCGCCUCAAGGACGCGACCUCUGCCGACAACAAGCCUGCCACCCGCCGCUCAAACGAACAGUGGAACUACCGCCGUGGUGUCUCUUCGCGCAUUGUUUACGACAACCAGUUCGGUGACUUGCAACAGAACGGAUCCGACCCUGCGACUGCCCCUCAGAAUCCUGAUGCCGUCACCAUCGAAGACGCUUCGGCCAGCUUCGUCAACGCCGUCUUUGGUGCCCUCUACUUGCACGCCGGUGCCCAAGCCACACAGGCCUUCCACCACGCCCACAUCCUGUCGCGCCACAUUCCCUUGCACACCCUCUUCGAUUUCACCCACCCCACUCGCGACCUCGCGCGCUUGUGCCUACGCGAAGGCUUCGAACCCCCAGUUGCUCGUCUACUCUCAGAGACUGGUCGUCACUCUCGCAGCCCUGUUUUCGUCGUUGGCGUUUACAGCGGUAGUGACAAGCUAGGAGAGGCCGCCGGUUCGAGCCUGGAUGAGGCCCGCGUGCGUGCCGCCGCCGCUGCUCUCCGCUCGUGGUAUCUCUACACCCCUCCUCGCGAGAACAUUGUCUUGCCCAGUCAGUCGUCCACGGCCCAAUGGAAGCCUCAGAUGAUCGACAUUGGCGAGAUCGUCACUUGA